AUGGAAUGGAUUCAGAUGCCCGAGCUAUCCUUGGAAGGCGGCUGGGCUGCUCUUCUCAGGGAUGACCGGCGGUCAGAGCAGCAGGAGGUCCUCACACUACACGACCAUUCUUCUUGGGGAUGCGAACGGACCCCCACACGAUUGGUUAACGAAAUUCGACAAACCAAAGUAAACCAAUUUCGAUUAAGAACUAGGCCGAGCCAUCCUGAUGGAAAUGAUGAUGUUGAUAUCACCUUCAUGUUCAGACAAGUCACCGUGAUUGUAAUCAUUAUCUUCUACCUCCCUAUCACUAAUGAGUUCCUAAAUACCUCAUCCAACGUCAUGAAUAAGAAAUAA